UUCUUACAAUUGCGCUAGCCUAGAUGGGAGUCGAUUUGAUGCAGCUGUCUCCAUCAGCGUGGUUGUCACGGCAGUUCUAUUCACCGUCAUUGGAUUGUUGAUGGGACUCUUGAUAAUAUAUUUGUUCAUUCAUAAAAAGAAUGUGUACUCCCCGUCAGCUAAAGAGUGAGCUAAUGUAAGACCCACUACACCAGCUGGUCCUGUUUAUGAGGAGGUGUCACCCAAAGAGGAGAUUGAACUGAAUACUAACCAGGCGUAUGGACCAGCAGGACUGUGAAACUUCUGCGGCUGAUGGAGGAAGGUGAAACAGUCCACUCCAGCAGACUGUACCAGGAGGCAUUGUCACUGCUCUGUGAGGGUGGAGGGGGAGUACUCGUAAUAAGUGGAGUAUGCAGAUCUCAUUAUCUUGGAAAACAAGGACAGAGAAACACUCAAAGAAGUAAGAUACAUGUAGUCCUGCACAGUAUAAUUACACAAAAUUAAUGAAAAUGCUCUGUGGAAUCUACUUCGAAAGUUUCUUACAGUGUCAGGAAACGUAGGUGAUCUAGCUGGCUAAGAAAUUUCAACCCAACCUAUCGAUAGUACAACAUACAUCACAACAGUAACUUUAUAGACUUAGAGAGCAUCCGAGAUCCAGAGGACGUACCAUCAAUCUGUGAGAGUGAUGGACGAUGGUCACCUGACCUCACCAUAUAUAACUGUCCCUCAGGUUAAGUAGAUCACUUUCAUGACUAUUACUAUUUGCCCCCUUCCUUAGAGGUCACCUGUGGGCCUCCUGUCGCACCUUCCAGAGGCAGUGUGGACGUUAAGGGCCGGACAUCACCCUUUUUGAUGGACUCAGUGAUAAACUUUCGUUGUGACAAGGGACUUUUCCCAGCUGGUGAUAUGUCCAGUACAUGUGACAGUGUAGGAGGAGUGGGAAUUUGGAGACCAGACACUAAUAUCAUUUGCAGAGACAUACCUGUCAACUGCUCUCUACCCAAGAAACCAUCCAACGGUAUUAUUAUUGUGGACUAUGUGCUGUUGAACGAGACAGUAUUGGAGGGAACAGUGCUGACUUACCAUGCAGUGUGACAAUGGACUCUCACUGACUGGACCCAACAACGUCACUUGCACCAAUGCUGGAGUCUGGAGCACUGAGCCUGAGGCAAUCGUAUGUGUGUCACCAAUUGAAGGUCCUACUGCCACCUCCCUAUCCAUUGGUGCAGUUGCUGCUAUCAGCGUAAUUAUUACUUUCUUUGUUGCUGCCAUACUUGGAUUCCUCCUCACUGGACUCCAAGUGAUGCACCUUUGCUCUCGUAAGAAGGCAGUAUACUCUCUAGCAGCUAAAGGACAAGCUAACGUAAGGCCCACUGCACCAGCUGGUCCUGUUUAUGAGGAGGUGUCACCCAAAGAGGAGAUGGAACUGAAAACUAACCAGGCAGCAGUGACAAUGCCCUGGUACAGUCUGCUGGAGUGGACUGUCUCUAUCAGCUGCUGGGGAGAAUGAUCCUUAGAGGGAGAAUAGAACAACAUAAUCCAAUGAAUCUUGACAAGUCUGAAAGAACAUAUAUUAUAAUGUACAAUUAUAUAGCUUGUUGUUUUUCUUACAUUUGAAGCAAUAUAAUUAUGUGUACGUUUACUCUUUGUUCAUCAGUUUAAGUAUGUGAACAGAUGCAGCUAUUGUUUGCAUUGUUCUCAAUUAUACAUAUCCGAUGCUGAAUAUAAACAAUGCCAUUAUUAUUUUAUGAAAGUUGCAAACAACAAUUUAUAAUUAUACUGAAAG